AUGUCUUCCCAGCGUGUUGUUAUUAUCGGAGCCGGUAUCGUGGGUACCAACCUCGCUGACGAGCUGGUCUCGCGAGGAUGGUCAGAUAUCACCGUCGUCGAACAGGGCCCGCUACACAUGCCGGGCGGGUCAACCUCCCACGCCCCCGGCCUCGUCUUCCAAACGAACACCUCCAAAACCAUGACACAUCUCGCCAGAUACACAGUCGAGAAGCUCCUUUCGAUAGAAAAGGACGGAAAGAAAUGUUUCAACCAAGUGGGUGGACUGGAGGUAGCUACUACACCCGCGCGGUUGGAAGAACUCAAGCGCAAACUUGGCUAUGCCACAUCAUGGGGCAUUGAGGCGCGAUUGGUGAGCGCCGAGGAGUGUUUUCAGCGAUACCCCCAUUUAAACCGAGAUAUGGUGCUCGGAGGUCUACACAUUCCAAGUGAUGGUCUUGCAUUGGCUGCCCGUGCGACACAGCUACUCAUCGAGCGAACCACCAAGGCCGGCGUUCGGUAUCUGGGUCAUACUCCCGUGACCGGGAUCGAGCGGGCGGGCCGUCGCGUGACCGGAGUCACCACACCGGGGGGAAUCAUCCCCGCCGACAUUGUGGUCUCUUGCGCUGGGUUCUGGGGCGUGGAAUUGGGAGCUAUGGUAGGUGUAAAGGUUCCUCUGCUUCCCCUCGCACAUCAAUACGCCAAGACAACGACCGUACCAGAACUCGCUGGGCGUUCGCUCAAUUCCGCAAUCAAUGGACUGAACGCCGAGCUUCCUAUCCUUCGUCACCAGGAUCAGGAUUUGUAUUACCGGGAGCAUGGCGACCAGUACGGUAUCGGAUAUUAUGGACAUCGCCCCAUGCCUGUCGUCGCCUCUUCCCUCGGAUUGACGCCUCAACAUGUCGAUGACAAGAACAUGCCCUCUCGUCUCGAUUUCACAAAAGAAGACUUUGAUCCCGCUUGGAAGGAGACCAAGAAGCUUCUUCCGAUGCUCCAGCAAACGGAACUCGCGGACGGCUUCAAUGGAAUUUUCUCCUUCACCCCCGAUGGCGGGCCAAUCGUUGGCCAGCCAUCCCACCUCGACGGCUUCUACGUCGCAGAGGCAGUCUGGGUUACCCACUCAGCAGGUGUAGCCCGAGCUCUCGCGCAGAUUCUCACAACCGGCCAUUCUGAAAUCGAUGUAUCGGAAUGUGAGCUCUCCCGCUUCGAGGAGAUCCAAACUAGCCCGGACUAUGUUAGUGAGACAUCGCAACAGAAUUUCGUCGAGAUCUACGAUAUUCUCCACCCUCUCCAACCACGAACAUCACCCAGGGCCCUUCGCGUAAGCCCAUUCCAUGCCCGCGAACAGGAACUCGGUGCGUUCUUCCUUGAGACUGGAGGCUGGGAGCGACCGUGGUGGUAUGAGGCAAACAAGGAUCUUGUAAAGGCUUUACCACCAACGUGGACGCCCCAUGAUCGGGAUGCAUGGUCCGCCCAGUUCCACUCCCCGAUUUCUGCCGCUGAAGCCUGGAAGACCCGGAAUGCAGUUGCCAUGUUCGAUAUGACCGCUUUCCAUCGCUUCGAGGUCGCCGGUCCCGGAGCAACCCGCCUGCUCCAGCGGUUGACCACCAGCGACAUGACUACCAAGGUCGGCUCAGUAACCUACACCCUUCUUCUCAACGACCACGGUAAAAUCCGAAGCGACAUUUUCACCCACCGACUGGACGAGAAUGUAUUCCAGGUUGGCGCCAACACAGCCACGGAUCUAGCUUACCUCGAGCGAGAAGCUAGAGUCCAAGGAGAGAACUCCCCCGGACACUGGGUCCAAGUUCGCGACAUCACUGGCAGCACAUGCUGCAUUGGACUGUGGGGUCCUCGUGCCCGCGAGGUCCUAAGUGGGAUCACAACCGAAGACCUUUCCAACAAGGGCCUGCCAUACUUCAGUCUCAAGCAAACAAUUCUGGCAGGUAUCCCGGUGACAUUGAUCCGCAAAUCCUACGUCGGCGAAUUAGGCUGGGAGAUUCAGACCAGCGCUGAAUACGGCCAGCGCCUGUGGGACAGGGUUUGGCAAGCCGGACAACUGCACGGACUGAUUGCAGCUGGUCGGAGCGCUUUCAAUUCCAUGCGCAUUGAGAAGGGAUACCGAAUCUACGGCUCGGACAUGACCACCGAACACGAUCCGUUCGAAGCGGGUGUUUCGUAUGCCGUGGAUGUGAGCAAGGUCGACGACUUUGUUGGAAAGGCUGCUCUGCAGCGUAUCUCUGCACAGCCGCCUGCGCGACGACUUCGACCGCUCACGGUUGAUGAUGGUCGCUCGGUGGUUCUGGGCAAGGAGCCUGUAUUUUAUAAGGGCAAGGCAGCUGGCUAUGUCACUUCCGCGGCAUUUGGGUAUUCGAUUGGCAAGCCAGUUGCCUAUGCUUGGCUUCCGGCUGGUGUUCGGGACGGUGAAAGUGUCGAGAUUGAAUACUUUGGAAACAAGAUUCAAGCGACUGUUGCUGCGGAGUCACUUUAUGACCCCGAGAUGGGUAGCCUUACUCAGGACGCGGUUGCUGUCAGGUCUCCGUCUGUUAGAUCGAGACUAUGA